AUGAAGAAGUACUUGAAAUAUGUCAUGAUCUCUUCUUUCUACAGAAAUAGGAAGGUCGUCGAUUAUUCACAGUUUCAGGAAUCUGAUGAUGCAGAUGAAGAUUAUGGAAGAGAUUCAGGCCCUCCUGCUAAGAAAAUUCGAUCAUCUCCCCGAGAAGCUAAAAAUAAGAGACGAUCUGGAAAGAAUUCACAGGAAGAUAGUGAGGAUUCGGAAGAGAAAGAUGUGAAGACCAAGAAGGAUGAUUCUCAUUCAGCAGAGGACAGUGAAGAUGAAAAAGAAGAUCAUAAAAAUGUGCGCCAGCAGCGGCAGGCAGCAUCUAAAGCAGCAUCUAAACAGAGAGAGAUGCUCAUGGAAGAUGUGGGUAGUGAGGAAGAACAAGAAGAGGAGGAUGAGGCACCAUUCCAGGAGAAAGAUUCCGGCAGUGAUGAAGAUUUCCUAAUGGAAGACGAUGACGAUAGUGACUAUGGCAGUUCAAAAAAGAAAAACAAAAAGAUGGUUAAGAAGGCCAAACCUGAGAGAAAAGAAAAGAAAAUGCCCAAACCCCGGCUAAAGGCUACAGUGACGCCAAGUCCAGUGAAAGGCAAAGGGAAAGUGGGUCGCCCCACAGCUUCAAAGGCUUCCAAGGAAAAGACUCCUUCUCCCAAAGAAGAAGAUGAGGAACCAGAAAGCCCUCCAGAAAAGAAAACAUCUGCAAGCCCCCCACCUGAGAAAUCUGGGGAUGAAGGGUCUGAAGAUGAAGCCCAGUCUGGGGAGGAUUAAAAGUGAUGAUGGUUUGGGGAGAGAUUUUAUUAGAAAAAAGAAAAAAAGAGAGGAAAAAAAGGAGAACCUACUUAAGAUAGUACAUGGUUUUUGGCUAUGGCUUGACUCAUGGGCUUUCAGUGCUUUUUUCCAUUUGUUGAAAAUAACAUCUCUCUCUCUCUCUUUCUCUUUUUUUAAAGAAAACCAGUGUAUGUUUAAGUGUGUUUAAGUUACCUUUUUGUCUGUUGGUCUUCUCUUUGCCACCACCCCCUUUUCCAAUGAAAGCCAUGUCAAAUUAAUCACUGGAUUGACUGCUUUAUCUUAUUUUUCAUGGAAGGUAUACCAUAGUUGUAAAGCAAUAAGAUUUGAGGUGAACACUAUGGAAACUUUGCUUUUUGCUACACAACAAAAUGGAACAGUAAUCGAAAAAAUAUAGAAAGGUUUUAGUUAAAAGUGAUUGCUUCUUUCUCUACCUGAACUUUUAAAAAUUGAUUGUCAUCUAAUAUGAGUUUAUAUGUCUAUAUAUACAGUAUAAAUGUCUAAAAAAAAAUCAUGACUUUAAACUUCACUGAUGAGGCAGGUAGGAGAUAAAGAUGAAUUCUAAAUUGUUACUAAAAGUACUCAUAUUUUUUACCGUGGGAGGGGAGGGUGGGGAAUGGGUUUCCUGAAUUUAUUUGAAGACGUGAGCUUUCUUUCUUAUUUCAUCACUUGUUAAUCUCAAAGAGACUCGGAGCCAGUGAUCCUUUUAUCCUGCUACAGCCUUUAAGGAGCUUAAAAAAAAAAAAAGAUAAAACACAGGGGCCGCUAAAACUGAAAUCACUCUUGAUUUCACAUUUCAUUCUCUAAUGGUUCAUGUUUUAAAAUAUAUGUAUGUAUGUAUGUAUCCUGUUUUUUGGAUAAAAUUUUACCAAGGAUUUAAAAAAAAAAAAAGGGAAAAAGGAAACCACUCUAGAACUUAAAUGGCAAGAUCAACCCACACAUCACAGUGGAUUUCUUAAACUGACAAUGUUUAGAUUUUAAGCAAAUAAACUUCCACUUAAUGUGAAAUGUAGUCACAAAGAGUUGAGAUUUUUCCUUUAUGACAAUGGAGAUUUGACAUUCUUUUAUGUUUUAUAAAUGUGCACUCACAUCCCAUGAACCAUUCUCUAUUUUUCAUUUGGAAUACAACAUUCACCUGUUCAUACUCCAACCUUCCCUUUUCUUUAUGGAAAUAUGAUAUGAAGUACAUCUCUGCUUUAUGCUGCUAUGUAGGACACUGCACCCUAACCCAGUUCCUGGUAGCUUCUAGAGGACUCUUACUUUUCUGGCUCCAUUCACUGAUUUCCCUUCCUGUCCUUGAUGGAAGUAUAUAAAAUGCUGCUUCCACACUAUUCAGUUUGCUCUUGUCUUUUUAGUUGGUCUAACCUCCUGCUUGCUGCUCAUCUUGCUUAAAGCAGGAGACUGGGACUCCGUAGGACUAGAGAAACCGUGUGUUUCAGGAGGUCCAUGUGCAGUUAACACUUUGUACAUGCCAAAUGAAAGCCAUCAGAAGUCAAGUCUGUCAGCGUGAACCUCCACGUGCUGGCAGCACGAGCUAAGGGAAACAAGGUUUAGGGGUCUUGGUAUACUAAUAAAUUCAUAAAUUAAUGAAAUUUAACUCCUGCAUUCUUCCUGCCUCUUAAUCUAGAUUUGCUUCCUCAAUAUUUUGCUUUUGUGGUCAAGUUGUCAACAGCAUCAUUUUCUCAGAAAACAUGGCUUUUAUUGCAGGUGUUCCUAGGACAAAAGGUUAUUUAAAUAAUUUUUUACUCUGAUUUUUAAGACACUUUAAGGAGCAUUCUUCUGCUGAUUUUUUUUUUUUAAACACCCAGUGGAAGAGAGUCAUUUCACUGUCGCACUGUGUGUAAACGCAUGGAUGAGUUUUUCAUACGUGGCCAAAAAUAAGAGACUUGAACAUAAAUUAAGAGUUGGGUUAUCUUUUGUGAUGGUUAAAUUUAUAGUUGUGAACUUUGUAAUGAGAUUAUUGAAUUUGCUUUAGUGGGUUUGUUCAGGUAUCCAUUUUUUAAAAAAAAAGGUUUGUGUUCAUAAUAAUUUUAAAAGAUCUAUCAGUGUUUUCACCAUGCACUUCUAUUUUUAAGGGGUUUAUAACUUCAAGUCUUACAUUCCUAGUAACAUUUGGGUUUUUCUUAGGUUUUGUGAAGGUAGGGGGGACUCUUAAAAUUUCACCCUUGAUUUUUUUUGUGUUAAGUCUCUUUAAUACAUUGUAAUCUGCAUUAACAUCUCUGAUUGUGACAUAUGCACAUACCUGAGAGACAAUCGUGUCUUCUAGGUUACUUAUGUGUAUUUGAUAGGGCUUCUUAUUUAGGGUCUUUUUUCAAAUUAAUUCGUUAGAUUGAAAAAUAUCUUGUAGUUCUGAUUGACUGGACAGGAGGCUCGGGAUGACCUUUUUUCCCCCCACUCCCCUUUUUAUUGACGAUUUGAAACACUCUUGUCUUCCCCUCAAAUCAUGCGUGCAAGUAGUUAUGGCGACUCAACUGGAAACUGGUGCUCUGUAGUCAGGCUUGAAGGUGAUUGCUGGCUGCAUUGCAAGCUGUAAGCUGAUAGUGACUGACCAUUGGCACCGCCCUUGAUUGAACUUCCUCUUUUUCUAGUGUGCCUGUGGUGAAAUGGCAGUAGCAUUCACUGUCUUAUUUUGCAGUGCUCAGGAAGAGAGGCAUGGAUAACUUGGAAGGUGCUCUCUGAAUUCUCGACAUCUUCUCUGCUCUGUUCACCUCUGUAACAGAUUCAGCUGCUGUGCUGACUGACACUACAUUCUAGUUCUUAAGAUUCUUUUUCUCAGAAACCCCCAUCCCCAGUUAGAUAUGGGUGGCUUACAUCUUAUCCAACCUGUCAUUUGCUGCUGCUUUUAGCCCUCCUCACCUCAGAUUGAAAUUGACAGAGUGGGCUCAAAGGAUGUGCUUUAAUUUCAGUAAUGGUAGAUUUGUCUUGAUUUCUAAAAUAUCUCCCUCUGUUAUAUCUCUUUAUUGAUUCCAUAAAGGAAAAUUAAUGCUGUUUCCUCCUUUUGGGAAUUAAUGAAUAGAAAUCUUUUAGUAGUUGAUUUCCUUUGCAGGAGCUUCAAUAUUGAGUUUUUCACAAUAACUGGUACGUGCCUCAGUUCAGUCCUCAAUUCAAUACUUUUUCUUGGCACUGGUUCAAAUAGCUUUUUUUUUCCCCAGAUAACAAAUCAAGAAUGGAAUUUGAGGUUGUAAUUCAGGAAAGUUUUAACACUUAGGAAUAUGGCCAGCUGAACUGAACUUGACCUCCCGCCCCUUUUUUUUUAAUGGUUCUUUUGUUUCAUCCAUGGACAUUGAAGUAACAAACAGACUUUAGAGGGAUUGGUAAAGGGAUUCGUGCUUUAUUUUAAACAAACUUUAGUAUAGGAGAUGCCUUGCGGAUGCUGGAAAGGCAGGAGCAGAAUUUAGCACCAAGAGCAACAGGAAAACUUGAUAAAUGACCACGUGUCUCAGCCUGCAUCACUAGUAGCUGCACUGAAAACAAGACUAUCACCUUAGGAGUUUGGAAAGGAAGAAACCUGGGCUCUGGUCUUUAUAGCAUUUAGAGUAAGAUAGUUAAACAGUACAAGUAAUGCACAAUUUCCUGCUACAGGAUAGGGACAUUAUAACAAGCUUGUUGUUUUUGAGGUUAGAAAAUUGGACUUUCUCAGUGGGUAAAGCUGGGUUUACUUGAAAAUGGAGAGUUGUUUUACCAUUAAAAUAUUGGGAUAUUAAGCUAUAGCCAGUUUCAGUCUCAACCCAUUUUUCUGUCUUGGAUAACUCAGUACAACAUGAUUUCUCUCUGAAUCCCAAAUCUAUACAAUUUUUUUUUUUCCAAAUCUAGUUCAUGGAGUUCACAGUGGUGCUGACUGUGUAAUAACCACUACUGGGGGCGGGAGGGAAUCUCAUAACCUGCCUGUUGCCAUGCCAAUAGAGUGACUGAACUGGUGACAUCAGUUUGAGCAUGCUUCGUGUGGCUGGUCCUAUGCCACAGUUGUGCAUACACUUUGUACAUCAGGGGUGAAGGGAGGGUUUUCUAGAUUAUUGGGGAGGAGGGUUAAAUCGGGAUUUUUUUUGGGGGGGUGUAGGGGUAUGGUACUCAGCUUAUGCCCUAAAAUAACAUGUAUAAAAACCCCUGAAGUAUUGUGUGGGCGUGAGUGUUUGGGUGUGAGUGUGUGUUUAUAUAUGUCUGGCAAUUAAACCUUUUGUCUUCUGGAAAUUAGUGAAUUCUUUUUUUCUUUUCCUCCAGAAGUAUUUGUUACAAGAUUUGUAAAUAAGAGCUCUACUUAGUUUGUUUACCAUGAACGUGUUGCAGCAAACCUUAUACACCUAAUUCCUGUGCGAUUUAAGGAAAGACUUAAGACUCGUCAGGUUACGCAGCAGCCAAGCUCUCAGUAAUUGUUUGCCUUGAUUCAUCCUUGAGACUUACUUUGCCAGCUCUAGAACUCCCAGUCUUCCUUGAUUUUAUUCCUUAAUCUUUUAUUACGUUCUAAGCAGGAAGGGUAAAAGAGAGGAACCAGUGUAAAUGUAUUAAGUAGUCCAUGAAUUGAGACUGGGGCCUCCCUUUCUUCAUACUUGCAAAGUUGAUAGAUUCAUGAUCAGACACCAGAGGGUUGGGCAUUCUUGCAAUACCUUAACAGUGCUGAGGUCGCAGCAUGGUACUAAGGAAGUGAAAGUUUGAAUGUAACCACUUUAUUUAAAAGUUUUUUUUCUUUAAUUUAAUUGAAAUGGGGUUGAAGUGAACAUGAUUUUGUUGACCAUGUUCGUGAUUAUAGAUGCAACAUGCAUUGGUAGAAUCGUGUGAUGGUCUUUUGUGAUACUUAAUUUUUACAUAUCCCAGUCUCUGUAUCUACAUAGACAAAGAAAAAACAAACUCCUGCUUUGCUUUUAUUGAAGGGUUCCCAGGACUGCGUGUCUGCUCCUGAGCUCUGUUUUAAGUAUGUGUAUCCUUUGCUUGUAUUUUGUAUUAAAAAAAUAAGAAAAAGAACCCUUUAUUGUUGAGCAUGUUGGCAUUGUCCCCUUUAUUUUUUCUCUUUUUGGGACAUAUGAAGCAAGUUAUUCUUUUUCUGUAUCUUUUUUUCUUUUGUAAACUUUUUUGUUUUGUUUUGUUUAAAAAUGGCUUUAUAAAAGGGCUUUUAUAACCCA